AUGGUUGGCCGUGGUGGGCGGUCAAAGGCAUGCUUUACCUGCCGCCAGAGACGUCUGAAGUGUGACGAGACCAAACCGAAAUGUGUCCGGUGUCAGAAAAGCCAGCUCGAAUGCGCAGGUUAUCCAAACAAUCUCGAGUUCAUCAACGACAAUCCAGCAUAUCGACUGCGUAAAAGAGCUCAUCCUCGAAAAAAAGCAUCAUCGCACAUGCCAGGACCGAAGCCUAGCCUGAGUAUUUUGGGGGAUGAUCUAUACUUCACUUAUAUGAACCAAGAGCUGCAGGACGGCAAUGCGUUUGUUGACGAACGCUGGCCAGGACUAUAUGCUCUUUGUAUGCCUGAUUGCCUUCCUCGGCGUUGCAUGAUGUCAUUUGCUGCAUCAUUUUUUGGCCGGAGGGUCAACGUGGAACAGGCACAACGAGAAGGAAUGAACCUCUAUGUCCAAUCUCUCAGAGAGCUCAAUGAGCGUCUUUCUCGACCUGGGCACUCGUCUCCAGGCCACACUGUACUCUCCAUCACGAUCCUCACCAUCUGCGAGUAUCUUACUGCAACAAGCGGCACUGCCUGGAUCCAGCAUCUGCUGGGUCUGACCGAGUUCUUCCGGCUUCAUGGCUUCAAGAUCUUUAAAGAGCCAUAUGUCAUGUGGGCAUUCCAAACCGAUCGGUUUUGUAUGAUUAUUGCAGCCAUCGCCGCCCGAUGUCCGACAUGUCUCGCCUCAGAAGAGUGGAAGAACGUCCCCUGGUCAGUUUCUCAAUCACCAAAGGCUCCUGUAGAGUAUCUGAUCGAUCUCGCUUCUGAGCUUCCUGACUUGUAUCUGAAUUUCAUUCACUAUCUGAAAACAACAGAUCUAUCCGCAAAGGCAAAACUGAACCUUGCCCUCGAGACAGAUUUUGCGGCCCUUCUCCAACGUCUGCGGGAUUGGAACAUCAAGUGGCAGCGUGAGCUUAGGCCACAAGCUGAGGAGGUCCCUCUGUCACGGUUGGAACAGCAAAGAUUCGGAUUUACUUCCAAGUUGGUCUUCGACAACAUACCUACCCAAGGCUACACAUUCAUCCUGUACAACACUACGGUGAUUAUUCUUUUGGAACUCUGGAAGACGCUUCGGAAGGCACAAAUAAGGCCAUCCACAAGCCCUAAGUCCAUUUCCGAAGGUGAGAUCAGGCGGCUACCUGAUCUUUCUACCAACGAAAUAACCCGACACCUGAACGGUGGGCCCGCUGGAGUCUCCAAUUCUUCUCUGGUAUAUCAAGCUCGCGAAGCGGCUCUUGAUAUCUGUCGAACGAUGCCUCUCUAUCUGACGCCAUCAGAGACCCGGGCCCAUGCCAUUCAACUGGUCAUCCCCAUCCGCAUGGCACUCAUUGUGUUUCGUCAGAAUGGUGGCUGCCCGCAAGUAGCCUGGCUGGAAGAUUGUGUGCAGCAGAUCGGCAGGUCGCAGCGAGGGUGGGAGAUCGGAAGGUACGCCAUGCAGGAAUACGGAUAUAGUUGA